AUUCGUAAUUUUUCUGUUGUUAGAGUCAGACGUGUAUUUUUGUUCGGUGCGCAUAUCUAUUUAUAAAACGUCGCGACCGCCGAUCAAAAACAAAUUGUGCAAAAGCACAUUAAAUAAAAACUGAAUUCUUGUGCUAAACUUGAAUGUGUGAAAAUUAAACUUUUUAAGCAGGCCAUGAGCGACCAACUAUACCAGAUAGAGACGCGCCGACGUUCGCGCUCCAAGACGCCAUUCUUGCGCUCCAGCUGCGAUCAUGAGAAUUGUGAGCACGCGGGCGAGGAGGGGCAUGUGCAUCACAAGAAGCAGAAGCCGUCCCAGCCACCGAAUGUUCAAACCAUUGUGGAGGAGCACGUGGUCGAGUCUCACACAACCACCACCAGGAGCAGCAGCAGCAGUAACCGCAACAACAAAGCCACGCGCUCAAAGGCAUUUAACCAACUGACCUCGGACUAUUCGAGCGAUGAUGCGAUGUCAGAGGCCAAGCGCAAGGCAACGGGCAACACAUCCACGGUGACCACCAUGUUCACCAGCACCAGCAAGCGACUGGGCAAUGCCCUGAACAGCCUGACCGCUGUCACCUCCACGCCGCGCAGCCAAUUGGAGUCGACACAGAAUGUGUUGAAUACCACACAGGAACUAAAACAGCAGCAGAAGGAGCGCAACACCAGCGGCCGCUCCAAUGGCAAUGCCAAUUUAAGUGACGAUCAUUUGGCCUAUAUUGAGUACAGAGAUGCCGGCGAGUACUGGAACAAAACACCCAAAACGGAUUAUACCUACUCGGAGUUGUCGCCGCAUAGACGCCAGCUGGCUCCAGGCAUUGUGGCCAUGCCGAAUAUGUCGCGUCGCAGUUUGGAGAAUCAUAAUGAACGAGUCGAUAUCAUGGUCAAUCAGAAUCCAGCACAGGAGGAGUUCAUACGCCGCCGCUAUCAGUCGAAUUACACGCGCUUGAAUUACGACUCUGGCGAUGAGCUGGACAAUACAAAUUUUAUCCACCAGCAGAAGCAGAGCUGGUGGCUCUUGCGCUUCAUCAGCGUCAUUGUCACCAGCAUGAGCAGCAUGUGGACGCGCAUCACAAGCAUUUCGCAAACAGAGACGAGUGCCUAUCACAACUACUAUGCCAGGCAGCAGCAGCGUCAACAGCAGCAGCAGCAUGGACUCAUAGUUGGCAGCCUGUUGAGCCUGAUGCGCCAUGUCUACAUAGCCAUUGCCUCGGUGCUCAGCCUUGACACGUGGCUGCUCAGAUCCAGCAGCAUUGAUAACAAGUCUAAGAAGCGUUUUCUGCUCUUUCUGCUCAUACUGCUGCCCCUCCUGCUGCUAACGGCCUGGCUGCAGCUGCCGGCGGAGCGGCGUUUGGAGCAUGUGCAACGCGUGGAGACGUUGUUGCCGCUGCCUUUGGCACUUUUCGCCACGCUGCGUGGGCAGCUGUCGCAGACUGGAGUUGCGCUCAAGUCACUGUGGCCACAGCCACAGCAGCAGCAGCAAGAGGAGGCGGCCAGCAUCAAGCUGCAAAUGGAGCAGGUGCGGCAGGGCAUACAAAAGUCGCUAACGCCAGAGGAAUAUGAGAAUAUACUGAAUCAUGUCAACAGCUAUGUGCAGCAGCUGGUAGAGCUGAAGCUGCAGCAGCAAGAGAAGCACCAGCAGCAGGAGCAGCAACAGCUGUCGCCGCAGCAAAUCCAAAUUAUAGUUCAACUCAUGCGCGAGAAUCUGCAACAAUUUGCAGAGCAAGGGUCGCAGCUCAGCGAUCAGCAGCUGGCGGAUUUGGCAUUGCGCCUGAAGCUGCAGCUGCAACAGUCCGGCGAAUGGCAUGCAGAGCAGGCAAAGUUCACCCAUGCGCAGCUGGAGGAGCUAACCCGUUUGAUCAAGGCGGAGUUCAAGCUGGAGGAGACACAUUAUACGCUGCUGCUGGAGCGCAUUGACUUGACGGCGCUGCUCAAGCGUCUGCUGGACGCACCUGAGCUGGCAGAAUUUGUGGAUGCACGCAUAAAUCUGGCGCUGCAGCAACACGUGCCGGGUGAGGGUUCUGGCCAGCCCGUUGCGGAGCAGCAAAUCGAUCAGCUAAACAGAGAAAUAGCCUUCAUCAAGCUGGCGCUGUCGGACAAGCAAAUGGAGAACGCAGAUCUGCAGCAGUCCAUAAGCAGCCUGAAGCUCACCCAGGACGAUUUGCUGGCACGCAUGCAGCAGCACGAGCUGGCCCAGGAUCAACGCUUUAGUGGCCUGCUCGCCGAAAUCGAGAGCAAGCUGGCGGCGCUGAACGAUUCACAGUUUGCGCUGCUCAACAAGCAAGUGAAGCUGACGCUGGUGGAGAUUCUGGGCUUCAAGCAGACGGCGGGCGGCAAGCUGAAUGAUGUGGAUCUGCAGAAUUGGGUGCGCAGCAUGUUUGUGGCCAAGGAUUAUCUGGAGCAGCAGCUGCUGCAGCUAAACGAGAAAACCAACAACAAUAUACGCGCAGAGAUUGAACGCUCCAGCCUUGUGCUGAUGAGCGACAUUAGCGAGCGGCUCAAGCGCGAAAUACUGCUGGCCGUGGAGGCCAAGCACAAUGAGAGCAGCCAGUCGGCAAAGGCGCAUAUGCACGAGGACGAGGUGCGCAGCAUAGUGAAGGCCGUGCUGGCCAUUUACGAUGCGGACAAAACGGGUCUGGUCGACUUUGCCUUGGAGUCGGCUGGCGGACAAAUACUUUCCACGCGGUGCACGGAAAGCUAUCAAACCAAAUCGGCGCAAAUCUCAGUCUUCGGCAUACCGCUGUGGUAUCCCAGCAAUACGCCCAGGGUGGCCAUAUCGCCCAAUGUGCAGCCCGGCGAGUGCUGGGCCUUUCAGGGCUUUCCCGGAUUUCUGGUGCUGAAGCUUAACUCUUUGGUCUAUGUCACGGGCUUUACGCUGGAGCACAUAUCGAAGAGCCUGUCGCCCACGGGACGCAUUGACUCAGCGCCGCGCAACUUUACCGUUUGGGGCCUGGAACAUGAAAAGGAUCAGGAACCUGUGCUGUUUGGUGAGUAUGAAUAUCAGGAUAACAACGCCUCGCUGCAAUUCUUUGCCGUACAAAAUGUGGACAUCAAGCGGCCCUUUGAGAUUGUCGAGCUGCGCAUCGAGUCUAAUCAUGGACAGCCGGAUUAUACGUGUCUAUAUCGCUUUCGUGUGCACGGCAAGCCGCCAUCCACGUAGAUAACUAGCCUAAGUUCAAGUUCAGUCAGGUGUACAUAAUGUACAUACAGUGCCUUAUAAAGGAAACUUUACAAUACUUACAAGAAGCAGAAGCAGAACAACUACUUACAACUUAAGCUUAAGAAUACGUUAAUUAAAAAACAACAACUUUAGGCUAUAGUAUGUAAGCGUUUUUGUAUGAUAAUUAAGUUUGGGCCGAAUUUGUAUAUAUUUAAAUAGCUAAGAAUAGCUAAGCUAGAUGUGUCUACAGUCCAGUGUCCUAUAAUAUUUAUAAUGAUUUAGUUGGAUUUGGUCUCUUAUACAAAUGAAUGUUCACAAAAUUAGUUGCUUAAGAAGUUAUCAGCACAAUGCAGCAGAGAGCCAGAGAAUAAUCCCAAUUAAUUUUAAACUGUUUGCCAUUUGUAGAACGUUUAUAACUUAAUCAGUCAUAGGCUUGUAAUUAACUCAACUAAGCCAUA